CAAGCCAGCCAAAACAGCUGGAAAAGAAAAUGUCUUCUGAAUCCUUUUGUUUGGCUGCUCAGAUUAGAUUUGAUUCCAAAUGGCUGAAGACAGAUUUACAGCUUGCUUUUACCAGAGAUGGACUCUGUGGUCUGUGGAAUGAAAUGGUCAAAGAUGGGGAAAUCGUAUAUACUGGAAUAGAAGUUAUGCAAAGUGGUGAAGCAUCUCCACGAAAAGAGGAAAACACUGAAGGUCAGGCUGGAUCAAAGAAAGAAGAUCAGAAUGACAAGGAGAGGAAAGAUGAAGACGAUACACCGCUGCCUACCUAUAGAGCCAAAUCAAUUGUUGAGAGUUGGAUUUGGGGAAAACAGCCAGAUGUGAACGAACUGAAAGAGUGUCUUUAUGUACUAGUAAAGGAGCAGCAGGUUCUAGCCAAGAAAACUGCGACUACGACUCUCUCUGCUCUCAGGCUAAAACAGAGGCUUGCUAUAUUAGAACGCUAUUUUAUCGCAUUAAAUAGGAGUGUUCUUCUGGAGAAUGUCAAGGUUAAGCGGAAAAGUAGCAAUAUCCCAUUGCCCAUGGUGGAUAAGAAAAGUCCUAGAUCUGUAAGCAAAGGUGUUGAAGGUCUUGCCCGAGUAGGAUCCAGAGCGGCCCUUUCUUUUGCAUUUGCAUUCCUACGGCGAGCUUGGAGAUCAGGUGAGGAUGCAGAUCUUUGCAGUGAAUUGUUACAAGAGUCUCUGGAUGCCCUACGAGCCCUAUCCGAAGCAUCCCUGUUUGAUGAAGGAACAGUAUCCUCUGUAUGGUUGGAAGUUGUGGAGAGAGCAACUAAGUUUCUAAGGUCUGUUGUAACUGGAGACAUCCAUGGAGCUCCAGGUUUAAAAGGAUCAGGAAGCAUUCCACUGCAAGACCAGCACUUAGCGCUUGCUAUCUUACUGGAAUUGGCUGUUCAGAGAGGCACGCUUAGCCAAAUGUUGUCUGCUGUGAUACUGUUGCUUCAACUCUGGGAUAGUGGUACGAGAGAAACAGACAAUGAACGCUCAGCACAGGGAACCAGUGCCCCACUUCUUCCUUUGCUGCAGAGAUUUCAGAGUAUAAUUUGUAACAAAGAGAUGAAUAAUACAGGAGAAGAAAUUCAGAUGUUGGCUUAUCCACUAAGUCCAAAUGAAAACUUCCUAAGAUACCUAGUACUGCCGCAAGACAACGAGCUAGCAAUUGAUUUAAGGCAAACAGCGGUUGUGGUUAUGGCUCACCUGGAUCGUCUGGCCACUCCCUGCAUGCCUCCACAGUGUAGCUCUCCGACAUCUCAUAAGGCUUCUUUGCAGGAGUUUAUAGCAUGGGGAUUAAUAGGAUGGAAAUAUUAUGCUAAUGUCAGUGGUCCAAUUCAGUGUGAAGGACUUGCCAGUCUUGGAGUUAUACAGAUUGCUUGCGCAGAGAAGCGUUUUCUGAUUUUGUCCAAAAAUGGACGUGUUUAUACACAAGCCUACAAUAGUGACACGUUGGCCCCACAACUUGUACAGAGUCUUGCUUCUAGAAAUAUUGUUAAGAUUGCAGCACACUCAGAUGGACACCAUUAUCUGGCUUUGGCUGCAACUGGAGAAGUUUUCUCUUGGGGUUGUGGAGAUGGUGGGCGACUAGGCCAUGGAGAUACUGUGCCUUUAGAAGAACCAAAGAUGAUUUCGGCUCUCUCUGGGAAGCAGGCUGGAAAACAUGUUGUACAUAUCGCAUGUGGAGGCACCUAUAGUGCUGCAAUAACAGCUGAUGGAGAAUUGUACACAUGGGGCCGAGGAAACUAUGGCAGACUGGGUCAUGGCUCCAGUGAAGACCAGACAAUCCCAGUGUUGGUUACUGGCCUGAAAGGAUUGAAAGUGAUUGAUGUAUCCUGUGGGAGUAGUGAUGCCCAGACUCUUGCUGUAACUGAAAAUGGUCAAGUAUGGUCUUGGGGAGAUGGAGAUUAUGGGAAAUUAGGAAGAGGUGGCAGUGAUGGCUGCAAAACUCCCAAGCUGAUAGAAAAACUUCAAGACUUGGAUGUUGUUAAAGUACGCUGUGGGAGUCAGUUCUCGCUUGCUCUAACCAAAGAUGGACAGGUGUACUCAUGGGGAAAGGGGGACAAUCAGAGGCUUGGGCAUGGAACAGAAGAACAUGUUCGUUAUCCCAAACUGCUGGAAGGCUUGCAAGGAAAAAAAGUUAUAGAUGUCGUAGCUGGCUCUACUCACUGUUUAGCCCUCACAGAAGAUAGUGAGGUCUAUAGUUGGGGAAGCAAUGAUCAGUGCCAGCAUUUUGACACUUUGAGGAUUACUAAACCAGAGCCAACUGCUCUUCCUGGAUUAGAUUCAAAGCAUGUUGUUGGUAUUGCCUGUGGACCUGCCCAGAGCUUUGCCUGGUCAUCUUGUUCAGAAUGGUCAAUUGGUUUACGUGUACCCUUUGUGGUAGAUGUUUGCUCAACGACAUUUGAACAGCUGGAUCUCUUACUGAGACAAGUUACAGAAGGAAUGGAUGGCACUUCUGAUUGGCCACCUCCACAGGAGAAAGAAUGUAUGGCUGUGGCUACUUUGAAUCUUCUAAGGCUGCAGCUUCAUGCUGCAAUUAGUCACCAAGUCGAUCCUGAAUGCCUUGGUUUGGGAUUAGGCAGUGUCUUGCUCAACAGCCUGAAGCAGACGGUGGUAACUUUAGCAAGCAAUGCCGGUGUACUUAAUACUGUGCAGUCGGCUGCCCAAGCAGUGUUGCAAAGUGGGUGGUCUGUGUUGCUGCCAACUGCAGAGGAACGAGCAAGAGCUCUUUCGGCACUUUUACCCAGUGCAGUUUCAGGGAAUGAAACAAAUGUGAGUCCAGGUCGUAGAUUUAUGAUUGAUCUACUGGUUGGAAGUUUGAUGGCUGAUGGGGGUCUAGAAUCUGCACUGAAUGCUGCUAUUACUGCAGAAAUUCAGGAUAUUGAGGCAAAAAAAGAAGCUCAGAAAGAAAAAGAAAUUGAUGAGCAGGAAGCAAAUGCAUCAACACUUCAUAGGAACAAGACACCAUUAGAUAAAGACCUCAUUAAUACUGGGAUCUAUGAAUCUGCAGGAAAACAAAGCUUGCCUUUGGUUCAAUUAAUUCAGCAGUUAUUGAGGAACAUUGCUUCACAAACAAUUGCUAAAUUGAAAGAUGUGGCUCGUCCUAUUUCUUCUUGUUUAGACCAUGAACAUUACAAUAAAGAAAGGUCUGCUUCUCUGGACUUACUGCUGCGUUUUCAGCGCUUACUUGUUAGUAAGUUAUAUCCAGGAGAUCAUGUUGGACAGGUCCCUAAUACAUACAGUCCUGAGCUUCUAGGAGUUGGUUCUCUACUAAAGAAAUACACAGCCCUUUUGUGUACACACAUUGGAGAUAUUUUGCCUGUGGCAACUAGCAUUGCUUCUACUAGCCAUAGGCAUUUUGCAGAAGUAUCUCGUGUUGUAGAUGGGGAUUUAACAGGUGUUCUCCUUCCAGAGUUAGUAGUAUCUGUUGUACUCCUUCUCAGUAAAAAUGCUGGGCUUAUUCAGGAAGCUGGAGCAAUUCCUUUAUUGGCUGGCUUAUUAGAACAUCUGGACAGAUUGAGCCAUUUAGCUCCUGGUAAAGAGAGAGAUGACAGUGAAGACUUAGCUUGGCCUGGAAUAAUGGGUACAUUCUUUACAGGACAGAAUUGCAGAAAUAAUGAGGAAGUGACACUUAUACGAAAAGCUGACUUGGAGAACCACAAUAAAGAUGGUGGCUUUUGGACAGUGAUUGAUGGCAAAGUGUAUGAUAUAAAAGACUUCCAAACCCAGUCAUUAUCAGGGAGUGGUAUACUUGCCCAGUUUGCAGGAGAAGAUCCAGUUGUUGCUUUGGAAGCAGCUUUGCAAUUUGAGGAUACAAGAGAAUCAAUGCAUGCCUUCUGUGUUGGCCAAUAUAUGGAGCCUGAUCAGGAAGUGAUCACAACACCAGAUACUGGCAGUCUCUCAUCACCUCUCAUAGACACUGAAAGAAAUUUAGGCUUGCUUCUUGGACUGCACGCUUCCUAUCUAGCAAUGAGUACACCACUUUCUCCAGUGGAGAUUGAAUGUGCCAAAUGGUUGAAGUCCUCUAUUUUUUCUGGAGGCUUGCAAACUAGUCAGAUACAUUAUAGUUAUAAUGAAGAGAAGGACGAAGACCACUGUAGCUCUCCUGGUAACACCACACCAAACAAGUCAAAGCUGUAUUCCCACCGACUAACUUUGAGUGACCACUCACAGCCUUUUCUGCAAGCUAUUGCAGACAACAAUAUUCAGGAUCACACUGUGAAGGACUUCUUAUGUCAAGUCGAGAGGUACUGCAAACAGUGUCAUUUGACAACGCCAAUUACAUUCCCUCCUGAGCACCCAGUGGAAGAAGUAGGACGUCUGUUGUUAUGUUGCCUCCUAAAGCAUGAGGAUUUAGGUCACGUAGCACUUUCUCUUGUUCAUCCUGUUAUGCUUGGAGUUGACCAAGUUAAACACCGAACACUUCCAAAAUCUGUAGCAGAUGUUUGUCGUGUUGUCUAUCAAGCAAAAUGUUCACUGAUCAAAACUCAUCAAGAACAAGGAAGAUCAUACAAAGAAGUUUGUGCUCCUGUUAUUGAACGUUUGAGAUUUCUCUUCAAUGAACUGCGUCCGGCAGUAUGCAAUGAUCUCUCCAUCAUGUCUAAGCUUAAAAGUCUUAGUUCUUUGCCCCAGUGGAGAAGGGUAGUUCAGAAGAUAAUUAGAGAUAAGAGAAAAAAGAGAGCUCCUAAAAAAUCGGAAUCUUCUGAUGUGGAAGAAUCCAAAAUUGGAAAUGAGGAAAGUGAUUUGGGAGAGUCAUGUGUAAUACCUCACAGUCCAGUGACAGCUGAUAAAAGGCCCUUGUCUGUCAAAUCACCUAAGGAUAAAUGGCAGCCACUGAUAAAUACAGUCACAGGUGUUCACAAAUACAAAUGGCUUAAGCAAAACGUCCAAGGUUUAUAUCCCCAGUCUGCUUUACUCAACACCAUAGUUGAAUUUGCUCUAAAAGAAGAACCUGUUGAUGUAGAAAAAAUGAGGAAGUGCUUGUUGAAGCAGCUAGAGCGAGCUGAAGUUCGAUUAGAGGGGAUUGACACAAUUCUGAAGUUGGCUGCCAAAAACUUCUUGCUGCCUUCUGUGCAAUAUGCUAUGUUCUGUGGAUGGCAAAGACUUAUUCCAGAAGGAAUUAAUAUAGGAGAGCCUUUAACAGACUGCUUAAAGGAUGUUGAUCUGAUUCCACCCUUCAACCGUAUGCUCCUGGAAGUUACCUUUGGAAAGUUGUAUUCAUGGGCUGUUCAGAAUGUUAGAAACAUCCUGCUUGAUGCUAAUAGCAGAUUUAAAGAAUUAGGGAUCCAGCCUGUUCCUCUGCAGACUAUAACCAAUGAGAAUCCUGCAGGACCGAGUCUUGGAACCAUCCCACAAGCACGUUUCUUAUUGGUCAUGCUUAGCAUGUUAACUUUACAACAUGGUGCAAAUACUUUGAAUCUUCUUCUCAAUUCUGGCAUGUUGGCAUUAAUGCAAACCACGCUGAGGCUGAUAGGACCUAGCUCCGAUAACGUGGAAGAAGAUAUGAUUGCUGCAUCCCGGGGUGCUUCUGCUACAGUCCUAGAAGAGUCCAGGAAGGAAAGCACUCCAGUUCAGCUUCCUGUUUCAGGACCAGAAUUGGCAGCCAUGAUGAAGAUUGGCACCAGAGUGAUGAGAGGAGUAGAUUGGAAGUGGGGUGACCAGGAUGGGCCUCCUCCUGGUUUGGGACGGGUAAUUGGAGAACUGGGUGAAGAUGGCUGGAUUCGAGUGCAGUGGGACACUGGCAGUACCAAUUCUUACCGGAUGGGAAAAGAGGGGAAGUACGAUCUCAAGCUAGCUGAACCUCCUCCUGCUUCACAACCUGCAACUGAAGACUCCGACACCGAAGAUGAUUCUGAAGGAGAACAUGCUGAAAGAAAUCUCCAUCCUACAUCCAUGAUGCUGACCAGCACAGUGAAUCUUCUGCAAACUCUCUGCCUUUCUGCUGGCCUUCACGCUGAAGUAAUGCAGAAUGAAGCAACAAGAACUUUAUGUGGAUUGCUCCGUAUGCUGGUAGAAAGUGGCACGACAGAGAAAACAUCUUCCUUGCCAAAUACAUUAGUUAACGAAGAGCAACACCGGAGCUGGUGUACACUGGGAUUCAUCCGCAGUAUAGCACUAAUGCCUCAAAUGUGCAGCACUCUUAGUACGUCACAGUGGAUAACGUUGCUAAUGAAAAUUGUAGAGGGACAUGAUUCAUUCACUGCUGCAUCUCUGCAACGACAGAUCCUUGCUGUGCACUUACUACAGGCAGUACUUCCUUCCUGGGAUAAAACAGAAAGGUCACGAGACAUGAAAUUCCUUGUGGAAAAGUUGUUUGGGUUUUUGGGUAGCUUGCUUACUACUUGCUCUUCAGAUAUCCCACUGCUCAGAGAAUCUGCUCUGAGGAGGAGGAAAGCCAGGCCUCAGGCCUCUCUGACUGCAACUCACAGCAGUACUUUAGCUGAGGAGAUUGUUGCCCUGUUGAGGACCUUGCAUUCACUGAGCCAGUGGAAUGGACUCAUAAACAAGUAUAUCAACUCUCAGCUAACCUCCAUCACCCACAUCUUUGCAGGAAAAGAGUCAGAAGGGGCUGCUUUGGAAGACUGUUUCCCUGAUUCUGAGACUCCAGAAGUGGGAGGCCUGAUGGCGGUUUUGGCAGUUAUUGGUGGAAUAGAUAGUCGGUUGCGGUUAGGUGGCCAAGUAGUUCAUGACGAAUUUGGAGAAGGCACAGUGACAAGGAUUACUCCAAAAGGGAAAAUCACAGUGCAAUUUUAUGACAUGAGAACCUGCAGAGUUUGUCCUUUCAGUCAGCUAAAACCAGUCCCUGUGAUUCCAUUUAAUGUGAAUAACUUGCCCUUCACUGAACCCAUGCUUUCUGUCUGGGCUCAGUUGGUAAAUCUGGCCGGAAGUAAAGUAGAAAAACACAGAAUGAAGACUCCCAACCAGGGCCUUUCUGGACAAAUAGACUUGGAUCUGUUGAGAUGCCAGCAAUUAAAACUAUACAUAUUAAAAGCAGGCAGAGCUCUGCUUUCUUACCAGGAUAAAUUAAGGCAGAUCUUGUCUCAACCAGCAGUACAAGAUGCUGGCAUAGUUCCCACAGACGAUGGUGCAGUGGCAUCACCUGAGGUGGGAGACAUGUCUCCAGAAGGGCCUCAGCCUCCCAUGAUCCUCCUGCAACAACUGUUGACAGCAGCAACACAACCAUCUCCAGUAAAAGCAAUAUUUGAUAAACAAGAGCUUGAGGCUGCUGCACUUGCUGUAUGUCAAUAUCUGGCCGUAGAAUCUGCACAGCCUUCAACUCCAAUCUUUGAAGAAUGUAGCUCCAGUGAAGCCACAACACCUGUUACAGUCCAACAUAUCAGACCUGCAAAAGUAAAAAAAUGCAAAGUAUCUCCCAUUCCACCACUCCCAAUUGUUGUACAACUUAUGGAAAUGGGAUUCCCUAGAAAGAAUAUUGAAUUUGCACUGAAAUCACUAUCAGGAACCUCUGGAAGUGCUUCUGGAUUACCAGGGGUGGAAGCCUUGGUGGGCUGGCUUUUGGAUCAUCCUGAUGUUCAGAUUACUGAUUUCUCGGAUGGUGACACUAUAUCUGAUGAAUAUUCAGACGAUGAAGUGUCAGAAGAAGUAGAAGAAGCAGAAGCUGCAUAUCCAGUGUCUGCUGUUGUAACAGAAAGCCAGACAUAUAAGAAAAGAGCUGAUUUCUUAAGUAAUGAUGAUUAUGCAGUAUACAUCCGGGAGAAUAUUCAGGUGGGGAUGAUGGUUCGAUGUUGCAGAACAUAUGAGGAAGUUUGUGAGGGAGAUGUGGGUAAAGUUAUAAAAUUGGAUCGUGAUGGGUUGCAUGAUCUCAAUGUGCAGUGUGACUGGCAACAAAAGGGUGGCACUUACUGGGUCAGAUAUAUCCAUGUUGAACUGAUAGGAUUCCCACCACAGAGCUCUCCAUCACACAUAAAGAUUGGUGACAAAGUUCGUGUAAAAACUUCUGUAAUGACGCCCAAAUACAAAUGGGGAUCUGUUACCCACAGAAGUGUGGGUGUAGUGAAAGCUUUUAGUGCCAAUGGUAAAGAUGUUAUUGUUGAUUUCCCUCAACAAUCUCAUUGGACUGGAUUAUUGUCAGAAAUGGAACUGGUUCCCAGUAUCCACCCAGGUGUUACGUGUGAUGGCUGUCAGAUGUUCCCUAUUAAUGGACCUAGAUUUAAAUGCAGAAACUGUGAUGAUUUCGAUUUCUGUGAAACCUGCUUCAAAAGCAGGAAACAUAAUACAAGACACACUUUUGGCAGAAUAAAUGAACCAGGUCAGUCUCCAGUAUUUUGUGGUCGCUCUGGAAAGCAGCUAAAAAGACGUCAUAGUAGCCAGCGAGGCAUGCUACUUGAUGAUUGGUCCAGAAUUGUUAAAAAUUUGAAUGUGUCAUCUUCUGUGAAUCAAGCUUCACGUUUGAUUGAUGGAAGCGAACAGUGUUGGCAGUCUUCUGGCUCUCAAGGAAAGCAUUGGAUACGCUUGGAAAUUUUUCCUGAUGUCCUGGUACACAGAUUGAAGAUGAUAGUGGACCCUGCAGACAGCAGUUACAUGCCUUCUUUAGUUGUGGUCUCAGGCGGCAGUUCUUUAAAUAACCUCAUAGAGUUGAAGACUAUUAAUAUUAAUCCUACAGAUACAACUGUUCCACUUCUUGGUGAUUGCACAGAAUAUCACAGGUAUAUUGAGGUAGCUAUUAAGCAGUGCAGGAGUUCUGGUAUCGAUUGCAAAAUACAUGGCCUGAGUAUACUAGGACGUAUCCGAGCAGAGGAUGAAGACUUCGCUGCAGUUCCUUUCCUUGCUUCUGAUAAUGAAGAAGAUGAUGAUGAUAAAGCAAACACUGGGAGUCUUGUUAGAAAGAAGACUACAGGCCUGGAAUCUGCAGCUUCGAUUAGGACCAAAGUCUUUGUCUGGGGCCUAAAUGAUAAAGAUCAGCUGGGAGGAUUGAAAGGUUCUAAGAUCAAAGUGCCUUCUUUUUCUGAAACCCUGUCUGCUUUGAAUGUGGUGCAAGUAGCGGGUGGUUCUAAAAGUCUUUUUGCAGUGACCGUGGAAGGUAAAGUGUAUGCCUGCGGAGAGGCCACGAAUGGAAGGCUUGGAUUAGGCCUCUCAAGUGGAACGGUUCCUAUUCCCCGACAGAUUACUGCUCUCAGUAACUAUGUAGUCAAGAAAGUAGCUGUUCACUCAGGUGGUCGCCAUGCUAUGGCUUUAACUGUUGAUGGCAAGGUAUUCUCCUGGGGAGAAGGAGAUGAUGGGAAACUUGGACACUUCAGUAGAAUGAACUGUGAUAAACCAAGGCUGAUAGAAGCAUUGAAAACAAAACGUAUCCGAGAUAUUGCCUGUGGCAGUUCUCACAGUGCUGCUAUUACCUCAAGCGGAGAAUUAUAUACUUGGGGGCUUGGUGAAUAUGGUCGACUAGGACAUGGGGACAAUACUACGCAACUUAAACCAAAGAUGGUUAAGGUGCUUCUUGGCCACAGGGUCGUUCAAGUUGCCUGUGGAAGCAGAGAUGCUCAGACUCUGGCUUUGACAGAUGAGGGUCUAGUAUUUUCCUGGGGAGAUGGAGAUUUUGGAAAACUGGGUCGAGGAGGAAGUGAAGGAUGCAACAUUCCUCAGAACAUUGAAAGGCUGAAUGGACAGGGAGUUUGCCAGAUUGAAUGCGGAGCUCAGUUUUCUUUAGCUCUUACGAAGUCUGGGGUAGUAUGGACAUGGGGCAAAGGAGACUACUUCAGGCUAGGACAUGGUACUGAUGUUCAUGUACGAAAACCCCAAGUAGUAGAAGGUCUGAGAGGAAAGAAGAUAGUACAUGUAGCUGUGGGUGCUCUCCAUUGCUUAGCUGUCACAGACACGGGGCAGGUAUAUGCUUGGGGUGAUAAUGACCAUGGACAGCAAGGCAACGGGACUACCACAGUCAACAGAAAGCCCACUCUGGUGCAGGGUUUAGAAGGCCAGAAAAUAACCCGUGUUGCAUGUGGAUCUUCCCAUAGUGUGGCUUGGACAACAAUGGAUGUUGCUACCCCCUCUGUUCAUGAGCCAGUUCUCUUUCAAACAGCAAGAGACCCUUUAGGCGCAUCUUAUUUGGGUGUUCCAUCAGAUGCCGAUUCUUCUGCUUCUAGUAACAAAAUCAAUGGUAUAAACAGUUCUAAAUCUAACCGACCUUCACUUGCUAAGAUCCUUUUGUCAUUAGAUGGAAAUCUUGCCAAGCAGCAGUCAUUAUCUCAUAUACUGACAGCAUUGCAGAUCAUGUAUGCGAGGGAUGCUGUGGUGGGAGCACUGAUGCCUGCAAGUAUGAUUGCACCAGUGGAGUGUUUAUCCUCGUCUCCUGCACCCCCUCCAGACCUUACUUCCAUAGGCAGUGCUCCUACUGUGGAUGAAAGCAUGACAGCAAUUGAUAUAGAGGAGAGACAGAGCCCAACACCUUGGCAAGACAGGAGGGCAGAGGUGGCUUCUGUGGAAGAUGCCUUAACUCCCUCUGCUGUGACACCCUCUGCUGCAGCAGCCUCAUCUCGUCCUUUCAUUCCUGUCACAGAUGAUCCUGGAGCAGCCAGUAUAAUAGCAGAGACAAUGACCAAAACCAAAGAAGAUGCUGAAAGCCAAAGUAAGGUCUCUGGGCCAGAGCCUCAGUACUUGGAUGAAUUCACCAGUCUCUUGGUACCAGAUGAUACCCGAGUCAUGGUUGACCUAUUGAAGUUGGCUGUGUCAGGGCGUGCUGGAGAGAAGGGGAAAGAUGUUCUUUCUGCUGUGCUGUCUGGCAUGGGUACUGCUUAUCCUCAGGUGGCUGAUAUGUUGUUGGAACUAUGUGUUACUGAAUUGGAAGAUGUAGCAACUGAUUCACAAAGUGGUCGUCUCUCUUCUCAGCCAGUAGUGGUAGAAAGUAGUCAUCCAUAUACCGAUGAUACAUCUACCAGUGGCACUGUUAAAAUACCAGGUGCUGAAGGUCUUAGAGUAGAAUUUGACCGCCAGUGCUCCACAGAACGACGCCAUGACCCUCUCACUGUCAUGGAUGGAGUCAACCGGAUAGUUUCCGUGAGAUCAGGUCGCGAAUGGUCUGACUGGUCUAGUGAACUGCGCAUUCCAGGUGAUGAAUUAAAAUGGAAAUUUAUCAGUGAUGGCUCUGUGAAUGGAUGGGGCUGGCGCUUCACAGUUUAUCCCAUCAUGCCAGCUGCAGGUCCAAAAGAUCUUCUUUCAGAUCGCUGUAUUCUUUCUUGCCCAUCAAUGGAUUUGGUAACGUGUUUACUGGAUUUCCGUUUGAAUUUAGCUUCAAACAGGAGCAUAGUUCCUCGCUUAGCAGCUUCAUUAGCAGCAUGUGCUCAGCUGAGUGCUCUAGCUGCUGGCCACCGAAUGUGGGCUUUACAGAGACUACGAAAGUUACUAACUACUGAGUUUGGCCAAUCAAUUAAUAUCAAUCGAAUCCUGGGAGAUAAUGAUGGUGAAGCACGAACUAUGAGUUUCACCGGCAGUGCCUUAGCAGCUCUAGUUAAAGGCCUUCCUGAGGCUUUACAGCGGCAGUUUGAUUAUGAAGAUCCCAUUGUCAGAGGUGGCAAACAACUACUUCAUAGUCCUUUCUUUAAGGUGCUUGUAGCCCUUGCUUGUGAUCUGGAAUUGGAUACUCUUCCCUGCUGUGCAGAGACACACAAAUGGGCUUGGUUUAGAAGAUACUGCAUGGCUUCCAGAGUUGCUGUAGCCCUUGAUAAAAGAACCCCACUUCCUCGCCUCUUUCUUGAUGAGGUGGCCAAGAAAAUUCAAGAAUUAAUGGCGGAUCAUGAAAAUAUUGAUACUCUGCAUGAGAGCCAUGAAGUUUUUAAAAGGGAACAAGAUGAACAGCUCGUACAGUGGAUGAACAGGAGACCAGACGAUUGGACACUUUCUGCAGGAGGCAGUGGAACAAUAUAUGGCUGGGGCCAUAAUCACAGAGGACAACUUGGGGGUAUAGAAGGAGCAAAAGUCAAGGUUCCUACACCAUGUGAAGCCCUUGCUACACUUAGACCAGUACAGUUAAUAGGUGGUGAACAGACACUUUUUGCAGUGACUGCUGAUGGGAAGCUCUAUGCCACAGGAUAUGGUGCAGGUGGAAGGCUUGGAAUUGGGGGGACAGAGUCUGUUUCUACUCCAACAUUACUAGAAUCCAUUCAGCAUGUUUUUAUCAAGAAAGUUGCUGUGAAUUCUGGAGGAAAACAUUGUCUAGCAUUGUCUUCAGAAGGAGAAGUUUAUUCCUGGGGUGAGGCAGAAGAUGGCAAACUGGGCCAUGGCAACCGGAGCCCUUGUGAUCGUCCUCGAGUAAUUGAAUCUUUACGUGGCAUAGAAGUUGUUGAUAUUGCAGCUGGUGGAGCACACAGUGCAUGUAUUACUGCUGCAGGAGAUCUUUAUACAUGGGGCAAGGGAAGAUAUGGACGUCUUGGUCAUGGGGACAGUGAGGAUCAGUUGAAACCCAAGCUGGUUGAAGCACUCCAGGGCUACCGUGUGAUUGACAUAGCCUGUGGCAGUGGAGAUGCACAGACACUCUGUCUGACAGAUGAUGACACUGUCUGGUCCUGGGGAGAUGGAGACUAUGGAAAGCUUGGGAGAGGUGGGAGUGAUGGCUGCAAAGUGCCAAUGAAGAUUGAUUCUCUCACAGGUGUUGGAGUAGUUAAAGUAGAAUGUGGCUCACAAUUUUCUGUGGCCCUGACCAAAUCUGGAGCAGUGUAUACCUGGGGCAAAGGCGAUUACCAUCGGUUAGGUCAUGGAUCAGAUGACCAUGUUCGGAGACCUCGACAAGUCCAGGGUUUACAGGGAAAGAAAGUUAUUGCCAUAGCAACAGGCUCUUUACACUGUGUGUGUUGUACUGAAGAUGGUGAAGUCUGUACCUGGGGAGAUAAUGAUGAAGGGCAGCUUGGAGAUGGGACAACUAAUGCCAUCCAAAGGCCACGUCUGGUUGCAGCACUUCAGGGUAAAAAGAUCAACAGAGUAGCUUGUGGUUCAGCUCAUACUUUAGCCUGGUCUACUAGUAAGCCUGCUAAUGCAGGCAAGCUCCCUUCCCAGGUUCCUAUGGAAUACAAUCAUCUACAGGAAAUUCCUAUCAUUGCCUUAAGAAACAGAUUGCUGUUACUGCAUCACAUCUCUGAACUCUUUUGUCCUUGUAUUCCCAUGUUUGAUCUUGAGGGACGCCUUGAUGAGACUGGCCAGGGUCCCUCAGUGGGGUUUGAUGCAUUACGAGGAAUUUUGAUAUCGCAAGGAAAGGAGGCAGCUUUCAGAAAGGUUGUACAAGCAACUAUGGUGAGAGAUCGUCAGCAUGGGCCAGUUGUAGAACUCAACAGAAUACAAGUCAAGCGAUCUAGAAGCAAAGGAGGAUUGGCUGGUCCUGAUGGCACAAAAUCUGUGUUUGGACAGAUGUGUGCUAAAAUGAGCUCAUUUAGUCCAGAUAGUCUUCUUCUACCUCAUCGUGUUUGGAAAGUCAAGUUUGUUGGGGAAUCUGUGGAUGACUGUGGUGGGGGCUACAGUGAAUCAAUAGCAGAAAUGUGUGAAGAACUUCAGAAUGGACUGACUCCACUUCUCAUAGUGACUCCUAAUGGAAGGGAUGAAUCAGGAGCAAACAGAGACUGCUUUCUCCUAAACCCUGCAGCAAAGUCUUUGUUGCACAUGAACAUGUUUCGCUUCCUAGGAGUUAUGCUGGGGAUAGGUAUUCGGACUGGGAGUCCCUUGAGCCUUAAUCUGGCAGAACCUGUAUGGAAACAGUUGGCAGGAAUGAACUUAACAAUUGCUGAUCUCAGUGAGGUUGAUAAGGAUUUUAUUCCUGGACUUAUGUACAUCCGAGACAAUGAAGCUACCUCAGAAGAAUUUGAAGCCAUGAGCCUGCCGUUUACAGUGCCAAAUGCCAGUGGCCAAGAUAUUCAACUCAGUUCCAAAUAUACCCAUAUUACGCUGGAUAAUCGAACAGAAUAUGUGAGACUUGCAAUAAACUACAGAUUACAUGAAUUUGAUGAACAAGUGGCUGCUGUUCGAGAAGGGAUGGCCCGGGUUGUCCCUGUUCCUCUUCUUUCACUUUUCACAGGAUAUGAACUGGAAACAAUGGUGUGUGGAAGUCCAGAUAUCCCUCUCCACCUUUUGAAGUCUGUGGCUACUUACAAAGGGAUCGAACCCAGUGCUUCUCUCAUUCAGUGGUUCUGGGAGGUGAUGGAAUCCUUCUCCAACACAGAACGGUCUCUGUUUUUGCGCUUUGUAUGGGGCAGGACCAGGCUUCCCAGAACAAUUGCUGAUUUCAGAGGCAGGGACUUUGUCAUCCAGGUUCUGGAUAAAUACAAUCCUCCAGACCAUUUUCUUCCUGAGUCAUACACAUGUUUUUUUCUGCUGAAGCUUCCUAGGUAUUCUUGCAAACAGGUGCUAGAAGAAAAACUAAAGUAUGCCAUCCAUUUCUGUAAAUCUAUAGACACAGAUGACUAUGCUCGGAUAGCACUGGGAGAGCCAACUGCUGAUGAUAGCAGUGAUGAUUCUGACAAUGAAGAUGCUGACUCCUUUGCUUCUGAUUCCACACAAGACUAUUUAACUGGCCACUGAGAGGGAAGGCCCCUUGCCAGUGACAAUGCUGCAGCCCCGGAACAGCGUGCCACAAAGUAGCUUUGAUGCAACCGGUCAUUUCAAGAUCACAGUCCAAAGGCGUGCAACUAGAGAACUACUAAUCAUUACUAAUCAAGGAGAUUGUGCUACUCAUUAUAGGAAUAAUGGCAGAUAAUGGAAAUAACUUUCUCUAGCAUAAGCAGGUGCCGUACAUAGGCAUUGAACAUCUGUUUUGAUGGCUGGAGAUUCCCUUCACCCCCUUUAUGCUGCACUGCAGAUAGAACUUGGUGUUUACUGAUGUGUUGUACAUGUUUAUAAAACAUUGGUCGUAUGGAAUUUAAAAAACUGAAAUAUUUUAAAUUGUCAGUGCAAUAGAUUUUUUUUUCAAAUUAAGUGUUGUGUUCUUUGCAUCUUCUUGAUUGUAUAUUGGAACUACUGUGCAAUUACUGAAUAGUAUUAUAAAUAUUUCAAUUAACUUUAAUAGUUGUUUUGGUUAUUAAAAACUUUUUUGAACACUCA